GCUCUGAGCCAGAGUGGUGGGGGCCCCACCUCCGUGGCCCACAUGGAAGCCAGGAGCUGGGCUCCCAGAAGGUGGCUGUGCCUGCCUGGGGUCAUGCUGCUGGCCUGCAUCUCUCUGUUCAGCUGCCUGCUUGCCUCCAGCGAGGCCAAGGUCUACAGUCGCUGUGAGCUGGCCAGAGCGCUCCAGGACUUUGGUCUGGAUGGGUACCGGGGAUACAGCCUGGCUGACUGGAUCUGCCUUGCUUACUUUGCAAGUGGCUUCAACACAGCUGCUGUGGACCAUGAGGCUGACGGAAGCACCAACAAUGGCAUCUUCCAGAUCAGCAGCCGAAAGUGGUGCAGAAACCUCAACCCCGGCACCCCCAACUUGUGCAAGAUGUACUGCUUCGACUUGUUGAAUCCUAACCUCAAGGAUACUGUUAUAUGUGCCAUGAAGAUAGCCCAAGAGCCCCAGGGUCUGGGCUCCUGGGAGGCCUGGAGGCAUCACUGCCAGGGCAAGGACCUCAGCGACUGGGUGGACGGCUGUGACUACUAG